AUGUCUCUCGCAAGAGCGUUCACCACCCGUAGGGUGAAGAACUCUAACGAUCCAGUUGAAACCGUGAAGCGCAGCAAUACCCUCCAUAAAGCGUCUUCACACUCGGUACUUCGCAGCCAAAUCUCAGGCCCUGUCCAGCUCGUCCAUACAACCAACAUGCUCUCGUAUAAUGCCCCAGAUAUCCCCCGCCGGCCAUCAGCAAGUGACUCUGUUUCAACCAGAAGUGAAGACGAUUACGAUUCGGCUACAACAAUGAGUACGCCCUCGAGCACGCCACCAACCAGCCCUGAUACCGACAAGGACUCUUACAGCCCGCAGCCGAACCAUCUCUCUUCGUACUUUGUUGCCCCAUCGAGCCAUACGAUAACAUCCAGCGAGCUGCCACCGGCUAUUCCUAAGCGGUCACCUUCACACACGAAGCAGGGCUCCUAUGAGGCUGUCGCCCGUAAGCAAUCAGUCAGACGCACAUCCAAGGAAUCCGAACAGUCCUUCUCUACCAAAGGAAGUGUGAGUUUCUCAAGGCCGUCGUCCAUCUCCACACGAGCAUCAACCACAUCCUACGGCUCUAGCACGCACCAGACGAAGCUUUACGCACCCCCGCCUAUGCCCUCUUCGGCCCCCGCGUUCGAUCUUCCCAUUCAGCAUCCUCCCGCCCGGUCCGAUUCAAUUAGGAAACAUAAGGUAGUCCCGUCUGAUUCGUCAACGCACAUCAUCCCGGCUCGGUCAGACUCGAUGCGGAAGCACAAGGAGUAUCGGCCAGAACCACCAAUCCAGCAUUCUUCCCAAAAGUCUGCACCUAGUCCCUUUGGCAGUGAAUUGGCCCAGGUUUCAGAGUUGGCAGAGGAGUUUGGAGCUCAUUGCAGAAUGGAUAUCGUCUACGAGGAUGAUCAAUACCUCAUGAGCCGAGGCCUGGCAAGAAUGACGGCCGACGACUAUCUGAAUGAGAUUCACAGUCUCAUAGCCACUUUCUUCCCAGAACCUGCAGCCCCAACCCCAAUGACCACUACGUGGAUAUGA